CCUCAGUUUAUAGCUGCUGCAAAGCCUGCAAUAGACUUAUCCUCAAACCAAAUGCAUACCCCUCCAUAGUGGGAGUGGGAAAGAUAUGGAAGAGAAGGGAAGAGUAGUGUGUGUAACAGGUGGGACUGGAUUCGUGGCUUCAUGGCUUAUCAUGAGACUUCUUCAACAUGGCUACUCUGUCAACACUACUGGUAGGCCCCAAUCCCAUUCUUCAGUUUCAGGCAGCACGAGAGAUAUAGGCUUUCUAACGAACCUGCCGGGCGCAUCGGAAAGGCUGCGUGUUUUCACGGCGGAUCUUGAAAAUCCAGACAGCUUUGCAGCAGCAAUUGAAGGAUGCGUGGGGGUGUUUCAUGUCGCGCACCCACUCGACUACCGGAACGAAGAAACUGAAGAAACGAUCAUCGACAAGUGCAUCGGAGCAACUCUAGGCAUCCUGACUGCGUGCGUUGAGACGAAGAGCGUGAGGCGGGUCGUGUACACGUCUAGCGUGUCGGCGGUGAUGUUCAACGACGAGGUUGAGGGAGGUGCAGUGCUUGACGAGGGCUGGUGGAGCGAUGUUGAUUAUAUUAGAAAUGAGAAGUUUCAUGGAGGCUCUUACUACAUUUCCAAGACGCUUACUGAAAGGGCAGCUCUUGAAUUUGCAGAGAAGCAUUCGCUGGAUCUUGUCACGGUGAACCUGACUUGGACUCAUGGCCCCUUCAUUUGUCCCAAUUGGCCUUUGUCCGUCAACUCAGCACUGGCUAUGAUGAUUAGAAACGAGUAUCAAAUCCAAUGCUUUCCAAACAUGCCUUUUGUCCACAUCGACGAUGUUGCAAGUGCGCACAUAUUCCUUUUUGAGUAUCCAGAAGCCAAAGGGAGAUACAUUUGUUGUGCUGUUGAGAUCACAAUAGAUAAGUUAUAUGAAUUUCUUUCUACACAAUAUCCUGAGAAAAAGAUAUCGAGUGCAGAUUAUUGCACUAACAAGGCAAUAAAACUGGUUAGAUUUUCAUCAAAGAAACUAUUGGAUGCUGGUUUCAAGUACAAAUAUGGCCUGGAGGAGAUGUUUGACGAAGCAAUUCAAUGUUGCAGACAGAAGGGCUUUCUCUGAUGAUUAUGUUGUUCUGUAUCUCUGAUUAUAAAUAAUAUCGACCUCAUGUGUUAAUUUUUAAAUAAAUAUUU